AUGCUGAAGGAGCUCCAGCUCUCCCUGUGGGUCGUCCUGCUGCUUGCCUGUGGCUUCCUCUACCAGCUCUCCCUGAAGUCCAGCUGCCUCUUCUCCUGCCUGCCUCCCUCCAAGGCCCUGCAGGAUCCAGAAGCCCUCCUGGGCCAGGGACGCAGCAUCGUGUUUCUGGAGACCUCGGAGAGAAUGGAGCCAUCCCCGCUGGUCUCCUGUGCUGUGGAGUCAGCUGCCAGGAUUUACCCUGAGCAGCCUGUGGUGUUCCUUAUGAAGGGUCUCAACGAUUCCACACAGCUGCCCCCAAACUCCACUGCCUCGGCCUUUUCCCUCCUCUCAGCGAUAGACAAUGUUUUCCUCUUCCCUUUGGAUAUGAAAAGGCUGUUUGAAGACACGCCAUUGUCUUCAUGGUACGCUCAAGUCAACAGCAGUACAGAGAGACACUGGCUCUACGUCAGCUCAGACGCGUGCCGCCUGGCGGUCAUCUGGAAGUACGGCGGCGUCUACAUGGACACCGACGUCAUCUCCAUCAGGCCCAUCCCUGACGAGAACUUUUUGGCUGCGCAGUCUUCUAAGAUCUCUAGUAACGGGGUGUUUGGAUUCCUCCCCCGCCACCCCUUCCUGUGGGGGUGCAUGGAAAACUUUGUUGAACACUACAAUUCAGCCAUUUGGGGCCACCAGGGUCCCGAUUUGAUGACGAGGAUGUUGAGAGUAUGGUGCAAACUCGGAGACUUCCAAGAGGUGAGCGACCUCAGGUGUUUGAACCUGUCCUUCUUACACCCCCAAAGAUUUUACCCCAUCCCCUUUCGACAGUGGAGGCGCUACUAUGAAGUCUGGGACACAGACCCGAGCUUCAACGACUCCUACGCCCUGCAUCUGUGGAACUACAUGAACAAGGAAGGGAGGACCGUGGUUCAAGGAAGCAACACGCUGGCGGAGAAUCUCUACCGGAAGCACUGUCCCAGGACGCACAGGGUCCUGAUUCAAGGCUCAGAGGGGUCGGUCACCCAGGAGCUGGGUCCAGGUGAUACGUAG